CCAUGGCCGUACCCAUUGCAGUUCUUGACUGCGACCUCCUGCUCUAUGGCCGCGGACACAGGACUUUGGAUCGCUUCAAGCUGGAGGAUGUCACGGAUGAGUAUCUAGUAUCCACGUACGGCUUUCCCCGACAGUUCAUUUACUACCUGGUGGAUCUCCUGGGAGCCAGUCUCUCUCGCCCUACGCAGCGGUCCAGGGCCAUCAGUCCGGAGACGCAGAUACUUGCUGCACUGGGUUUCUAUACCUCCGGCUCCUUCCAGACUCGCAUGGGGGAUGCUAUUGGCAUCAGUCAAGCCUCCAUGAGCCGCUGCGUUGCCAAUGUAACCGAGGCAUUGGUGGAAAGAGCAUCACAGUUUAUUCACUUUCCUGAGGAUGAAGCUACCGUUCAGAGCCUGAAGGAUGACUUUUAUGGGCUGGCAGGCAUGCCGGGAGUGCUGGGGGUGGUUGACUGCACCCAUGUGGCAAUCAAAGCGCCAAAUGCUGAGGACCUGUCCUACGUGAACCGAAAGGGUCUCCAUUCUCUGAACUGCCUGAUGGUGUGUGAUGCCAGAGGAGUCCUCCUGAGCGCAGAAACGCACUGGCCAGGCAGCCUACCCGACUGCACGGUGUUACAGCAAGCAGCCCUUACAAGCCAAUUUGAAACCGAGCUACAUAAAGACGGCUGGCUACUUGGUGACAGCUCCUUCUUUCUCCGCACGUGGUUGAUGACCCCUCUGCAUAUCCCCGAGACACCUGCAGAAUAUCGUUAUAACAUGGCGCAUUCUGCCACUCACAAUGUCAUUGAGCGGACGUUCAGAACCAUUCGGUCGCGUUUCCGCUGCCUGGAUGGGUCCAAAGGCACCCUGCAGUAUUCUCCAGAGAAAUCCAGCCACAUCAUUCUGGCCUGCUGUGUGCUCCAUAACAUCUCCCUGAAACACGGGCUGGAUGUGUGGUCUUCCCCAGCCACAGGACACAUGGAACAACCGGAAGAAGAGUAUGAGCAAAUGGAAUCAAUGGACUCAGAAGCCUGUCGUAUUCGUCAGGAGCUUUUACUUACUCAUUUUAGCUAAUGUUGUGACAGAGGGAAGGCUUCUAAUGGUUCAUCUGGGAAGAUAUACACAAGAAAUAUGCCACUUCCUCUUUUUAAGUUUGAAAGGACUAAGCAGAUGUGAGAUGAGGAGAAAUUUUACUCUCUUCAUUUCAGGCAGUAUUCUGAAUUUCUCCCGAUCUCUCCAGAGAUGCAAUUUAAUUGCUAAAUUUUUACUGUUGUGAUGCUUAUAGACUCCCCUUUCAUCUGAUUUAGAGAACAAUGACUAAUGUGAGAUCAGUGGAGAAACUUGGGAAAUUGUCUUUGAUAAUUAUGAAAAAUCUGUAAGCCUCGCACUGUUACACAAAGCAAUAAUUCUAUGCCACUUUGUAACUGAAAACAUUUAGGAUUGAUUUUUAAACAGUAUUU